ACCCAUCAAAGCGACCAUGUUCGCUCUUCGCUCCGGUGCAAGCGCUACGCGACCAGCGUGGUGCUCGCGAUCACAAUGGCAUUCGAUACGAUCCCUCUCGCAUACCGCCCGCCGACCGCAAGCCUCUCCCGUUGACGAUGGCGAAGGCCUUAAUGCCGUCUCCAAAGCCAUCACGCAACCAAAAUCCCAAGGCGCCUCGCAGGCCAUGCUCUACGCUACCGGACUGAAAGAGCAGGACAUGAGCAAGGCCCAAAUCGGAAUCUCGUCUGUUUGGUACAGCGGAAAUCCCUGCAAUAUGCACCUGAUGGAUUUGAACAACCGUGUGAAGGAGGGUGUGCAAAAGGCCGGACUUAUCGGCAUGCAGUUCAACACCAUUGGUGUGAGUGACGGGAUCAGCAUGGGCACAAAAGGAAUGCGAUAUUCAUUGCAAAGUCGAGAUUUGAUUGCAGACUCAAUCGAGACCGUCAUGGGAGGGCAGUGGUAUGAUGGCAACAUCAGCAUUCCCGGUUGCGACAAGAACAUGCCGGGUGUGAUCAUGGCGAUGGGAAGGGUGAACCGACCGAGUUUGAUGGUGUACGGAGGCACGAUCGCAGCGGGAUGUGGAAAGAAGCCGAAGAAUGAGAAGCUGGACAUCAUUUCGGCUUUCCAGGCAUACGGACAGUUCAUCACAGGAGAGAUCAGCGAGGAGGAGCGAUUUGAUACCAUCCGACACGCAUGUCCUGGCGCUGGUGCAUGCGGUGGCAUGUACACUGCCAACACCCUGGCGUCGGUGAUUGAGGUUAUGGGAAUGUCUCUACCUGGCUCUUCGACGAACCCAGCAGAGAGCAAGGCGAAACACUUGGAGUGUCUUGCAGCAGGCCCAGCGAUGCGAAAUCUGUUGAAGGAAGACAUCAGACCAUCUGAUAUCCUGACCCGAAAGGCUUUCGAGAACGCAAUGGUUCUGCUUAACAUCACGGGAGGAUCAACGAAUGCCGUGUUGCAUUUGAUCGCCAUCGCUCACAGCGUUGGCAUCGACCUCACCAUCGACGAUUUCCAGGCCGUCACCGACCGAACACCAUUCCUUGCAGACCUCAAACCAUCCGGCAAAUACGUCAUGGAGGACCUCUACGGGAUCGGCGGAACUCCAUCUCUGAUCAAGUUCCUGUUGAAAGAGGGCGUCCUCGACGGCAGCGGUAUGACCGUCACUGGUCGCACACUCAAGCAAAAUGUCGAGAAUGUGCCCGACUUCCCCGCUGACCAAGACAUUAUCCGUCCCAUGUCCAAUCCUAUCAAGGAGACCGGCCACAUCUGCAUUCUCCGCGGAUCGCUCGCACCCGGGGGCAGUGUUGGCAAGAUCACCGGGAAGGAAGGCACCGUCUUCACCGGCAAAGCCCGUGUUUUCGACGAGGAGGACAACUUUAUCGCUGCGCUUGAGCGCGGCGAGAUCAAGAAGGGCGAGAAGACCGUUUGUGUUAUCCGUUACGAAGGACCCAAGGGCGGCCCUGGAAUGCCCGAGAUGUUGAAGCCUUCUUCUGCCAUCAUGGGCGCCGGACUCGGCAACGAUGUUGCGCUUCUCACGGAUGGACGAUUCUCUGGCGGCAGCCACGGAUUCUUGAUCGGCCACAUCACCCCGGAAGCACAAGACGGCGGACCCAUUGGACUGGUACGAGACGGCGACACCAUCACCAUCGAUGCGGAUAAGCGUGUGAUCGAUAUUGUAGACCAGUCGGACGAGGAGCUGCAAAGACGGAAGUUGGAGUUCAAGGCACCGCCGUUGAAGUACCAGAAGGGAACGCUAUUCAAGUAUGCGAGGGUGGUCAAGGAUGCUAGUCAUGGGUGUAUCACGGAUGCGGUCUAG